AUGGCAGAGCAUGAUCGGCCCUACGUGGACCAGUACAAGGACCGCAUCACCAGUGCAGGGCAGAAAGUAUGGAGUGGACCCAGCUGUCCUCGGUGGUAUCAUCUCUAGAGAGUCCAGGGAUGGGACAGGACUGGUCAAUGGCUCAGGGGACAAUGGAAAUGCCCAUGGGCUAAUGCAGGUAAUAUAAACAUUUCUGUGAGAAUGAAUGUGAGACUGUGGAUCAAGGGUUGAAAUGACAUAAUUACAAUCAUGAUUGUAUGCUGGUUGUAGAGACGUCAUUUUUACACCCAUUAUUGUAAUCUGGUUGUUUAAUUUCUAACUUGUUUUUACCCACUGUGCAACUGCUUCCCAGGAGGUCAUGUCUAAUGUAGAAUUACUUGUUUGAUGAGCAUUCUACAAUACAGUAUGAGUCUACAGAAUCUACAAUUCUAUCAAUAGAAUCUACAAUUCUAUUGGAGAUCUCUAUUAUAUUUCUAGGUUGACAGGUGCUGGCACCCUCCACAGGGGGCAUGGGACAGUCAGGAACAUAUCGAACAAGGCACACAGUUUUUGGCUGGCUCCUAUUCAGAUAUCCUAGCUGGACCAAGGAGCAGAAGCUGAAAGGUACUCAUUGACUCACUCCUGGAUUGAGGUGAUGCAACUACUAACCUAUUGUUUUUAUGUUUUUCAGGGGCGUUGGCAGCCUACAAUAUGGGGCGGGCAGCAUCUCCUCAUAUGAGCAGGUGGACGCUAAAACCACUGGAGGGGGCUAUGCCAAUGAUGUU